UUCACAUCUGUUUGUUUUCACUCGUUCACCUGUUCACUCCUGUUUGUGUUCACCCGCUCACAUCUGUUUGUUUUCACUCGUUCACCCGUUCACUCCUGCAGAUCAGUGGCUGCUCUCACUGAGUGCAUGAGGAACAAAUCUCUGGUCCAGUUUUUCCGUGAGCGUCAGGCGCGGCUGAAGCGGUCACUUCCUCUGGGUUCAUAUCUGCUCAAACCGGUUCAGAGGAUCCUCAAAUAUCACCUGCUGCUCCAGGAGAUAGCGAAGCACUUUGACCCUGAGGAGGAGGGUUACGAGGUGGUGGAGGAGGCCAUCUACACGAUGACGGGCGUGGCCUGGUACAUCAACGAGAUGAAGAGGAAACACGAACACGCAGUCAGACUACAGGAGGUUCAGUCUCUGCUGCUGAACUGGAAAGGUCCAGACCUCACGACGUACGGAGAACUGGUUCUGGAGGGAACCUUCAAAGUUCAUCGAGCCAAAAACGAGAGAACGUUGUUCCUGUUUGAUCGCAUGCUGCUCAUCACCAAACGCCGCGGAGAACACUACGUCUACAAGACGCACAUCACGUGCUCCACGCUGAUGUUAAUCGAAAGUGCCAAAGACUCUCUGAGCUUCAGCGUCACUCAUUACAAACACCCCAAACAACCACACACGGUCCAGGCAAAGACUGUGGAGGAGAAGAAGUUGUGGGCUCAUCACAUCAAACGUAUCAUUCUGGAAAAUCACCACGCCAUUAUCCCACAGAAGGCUAAAGACGCCAUCUUAGAAAUGGAUUCCAUACAUCCUCCUCGGUAUCGCUGCAGUCCAGAGCGUCUGAAGAAAGAGUUUCGGCGAGAGCGUCGCCAAGGACGACGACAGUCAGAGCUGAACACAGCGACACUGAAACCUGACACCACAGACAUCUUACAGGCCACUGCCAGCAGCAGCAGCAGCACGCUGGAGUCCAGUCAGGAUCAGUCUGAGGCUGAGGAGGACGGGUUGUCUCCACAGUGCUCUCAUCAGGUGGACAAGGUCCUGCUGGAGGAUGACCAGUCAUCCGUAGAUAAAAUGCCACAGGAAACAACAUCAGAAUCCGAGCCGGCAGAAAACACUGAAGCAGAAUCCCUUUCUGAUGCGGACUCUGCCUUGAUCUUAGCAUCUCCUCAGAGGUCGGAGGAACUGAGGCCUGAAGGAGAGGCAGUGCUCACAGAGGAGCCUGAUUCAGAUUCAAAGACCUUGAGCAGUGGGGACUCGUCGGACGAUGAGGAGGACGACAAGGAUGCAGCAAAGAAAGAGGACGAAGCCACCAGCAUUCUUCCCUCCUCUGUUCUGGACAAAGCCAGUGCCAUCGCCCAGCACUUCAGCAACAGCAUCAAACGAGGCAGUGUGGCCCAGGAUGACGCCCACUCCCUUUGUUGUGCUUCUCCACGGUUACCCAGCCGGACUGGUAGCAGCCGCAGCCUCAGCGCGGAACCUGUCGACCGAAUGCAGAGGCUCACCAGUGUUUGUUCUGAUCUGGUUGAGGCCUUCAGUGCAACAGACUCCACCCUCCUAUCUCCUCGGGGUGACAACCUCUUUGACGGCGACAGAGGCAUUCAGCAGAGACGGGACUCCAUGUUGUCUAAACAAGACCAGCUGCUCAUUGGAAAAAUCAGGAGUUACUAUGAGAAUGCAGAGAGCCAGGAUGCCAACUUCAGACUCCAGCGCAGAGAGAGUCUGACAUAUAUCCCAACUGGCCUGGUCAGGAGCUCGGUCAGCAGGUUCAACAGUAUCCCAAAAGAUAAACCCGCUCUCACAAACCUCUUGACCACAACCACAUCCUCCAGUUGUGACCCGUCCUCAGUGGAGUCCCCGUUGACUGUACCCACAGACACCUAUGAUCACAUGGUCUUUACUGACCCUCUGUGCUCUUUCAAGUCUGAUCAGAGAAGCAUGGGUCCAGAGGACUCUGCAGAGGGCCUCAAGUCCACCUCUCAGAGUCUGGAGGAUACGCCAUUAGAGGAUGAGGAGUUCAGGCCUUCAUCUGAAAUGAUCAAGAUCUGGCAGGUGAUGGAGCGAGAUAUCACCAUAUCCCCGAAUGUUGACAGAGCGUGUGAAGCCCGGAGAAACUUUACCAAGAUCCCAAACAAGAACCAAGACCAGGAAGCAUCUGACCUCAAUACUGACUCACUGGAGUUAAAGAAUCCUUCGUCCCUCACAGUCCUCAAGGUGCCACUUCCUGUUGAGGCUCAGCUAAAGGUGGAGGCAGAGGAAGAAAUGAGCCAGGUGGACGACGUGGACAAAACAAAGAACAAAGUUCUUCAUCUGGCUCGUCAGUACAGUCAGCGACUCAAACCAACCCAACCAGUGGUGCGACAGCGAAUUCAGGGAGUCUUGAUCAGCAAGAAGACCUUACCCUGUGUGGUGGAGGAGACAGAGGUUUCAGAGAAACCAAACCUGACUUUGAAGCUGGUGUCUCAGCACAAGUCAUCCUUUCCACCAUUGAGCCCCAUAGACCAGAGCCAACCUUCAACCCCCCUCCUUGGUGUGGUCUCCUCAGGUCAGGCUAGCACCUGCAGUCCCAUAAGUCCUCCUCCACCCACAGAAAGCUUCACAUGGCCUGAUGUCCGAGAACUUCGCUCCAAAUACUUGGAACAGAAAGGUCCUGUUGGCCGUAGUCACUCUAUUUCAGAGCAGAUGUUUGGAGAUCUGAGGAGGCACUCCAGCUGCUCCUCAGGCCACUUCCUCUGUGAAGGAACAUCGAUGGAGGUUCCUCCACACAAGCCUUGCAGCAGCCAGGACACCAGCAGCAAACCGCUUCUCAGAGCCAAAUCCCUGGACCCUCAGCUGGGCAGAGUGCGAGUGACAGAGCUUCAGAAGCUCCAGGAACAAGUCGUUGAUAGCAGCCAUCAGGAUUAUUUUAUUGCAGCUGAGACACCGUUACCUGAUGACCCACAACACAAGAUGGUCAUCAUAGAGAAACUUCCAGCACCUGAGUCAGACCCUUCACAAACAGUCCUGAAAACCAAACAAGAAGAAGUAGAAAGUGAUGACAGUUAUGUUCAGAUUCGAUCUCCAACCAGCAGGGAGAAGAUCUCCAUCAUGGCUGUUGCCGAUCGCUGCCGGGCUUAUCAGGAUUCUGAUGAGUACAAACUGAGGGAGGAAGCAAAAGCUCGAAGUGAGUCAGUGAGACCUGGAGAGCUUGAUCAGACGGAAGCGUCUGCUAACAAUCAGAACAAUGAAGAGUUUGUGAGGACAACGUGUGAGCAGAAGACCGAUGCUGCUCAGCAGAGCGUCGUGAAGAAUCUGAGGGAAAAGUUCCAGAAUCUCAGCUGAGUCAUGGUUAACGGAUCAAUGUUUUUAAUAAAUGUAUAAAACUGUGAAGUGAGGAACCCAAAGAUUUAAACAAAGAUGGCGUGACGUUGGAGAACCAAUGGUCAGUCAGCAAUUUCCUGCCAAAACAACAGCCGAGGACGGUUUUUGAUAGUUUCCAUUAACUGUGACCAAAAUAUUUGUUAAUAUUUAAUAUUAAAAUAACACAAUCAGACCUAAAUCAUAGACCUAUGGUUAAGCCCCGCCCUCAAACACAGUCUGGCCAGUCAGAGAUAAAUGACGUUAAUGGAGACAUGAAAUGACACUAGCAAGCUAACAUUAGCUAAUGACGAUGAGUCUUACGUUAAUGCUAACAUUAGCUCAGUAGCAGCGUUGCUCCUCAUGUUGUCACUGUUUUAAUGUGUUCACCCACGACGCGUAGAUUCUAAAUGUCACAUGUGUUUGUCUUUACUUUGUGUUAGCUCAAGAAUCAGAACUGGAUCACACACAAUCCAGUUCUGAUUCUGACCGAUCCAAACCACAUGACCAGCACUUUCACUUUUAACGUCCCAGACAUGUGAAACCUUGUUAGCAUUAGCAUACAAAGAAGCUAUGUUAACUCAGCACCCGCACACACAAAAAACAAAAAACUACAACAUCCACUUAAUCAUAUUUUACCUUUGAUGUUUUAUCACCAUAUUAAAACGUAAUGAGGAGGCGAGGCUUGGUCACAGGUCAGUUAUCACGAUUUUACAAAGUUUUAUAGAUACAAUAUGUAAAUAUGUUGGGAGGCGGAGUCAAAAUGUUGUUGUACAUGUGUCGUGUGUGAAAUAGAAAACUAAACUCAUAACUGCCCCCUAGUGUUCAACACACAAGACGCCAAAUUAUAUUCAACUGAUAAACUUGAUCAAUAUUGAUUCAUAACUGGUGAUUAAAGCUCAUUGUAUUUUUGUUGAUUAUAUAAUUGAAAUAUCUUUUGGUUUCAUAAUGAAUAAACUCAUUAUUCAACUUUAAA